GACACAAUUCCAGUUCAUAAGUGAUUGAUUAGUUGUGACUGGGGAUUGACGCCAGACCAGAGUAAUCGAAUCUGACCGACGACAGUAAAAGUAUAAGAAGUUAUCAGCAUCGUCAUAAACACAUUUAUGGAGAAAAAGGUUCGGGAAUAAUGGCCCCAAUGGUAAACUGCCUCAGCCGUCAUGUCCUCUACAAAAAGUGUGUCAACAUCCACUUGUGAUGGUGAUGCUGCAACCGUCAUGGCAACCCAGGCUUCUGAGCAGGGUCUAUUGGGCUCAGACCGCUACGCAGGGCUCAUCCUGGCUCAGUUGAACAAAAUGAGGCUCCGCACAGACUUCUGUGAUGUGCGGCUGAGAGUCGGCGGCAGCGUUUUCAAAGUUCACCGUCUGGUGCUCGCUGCCAGCAGCCCAUACUUUGCCGCUCUAUUCUCCAGGGGCAUGAGUGAGGCAGAUAAAGAAGAGGUGGAGAUUCUGGGAGUAGAUACAAAAGUCUUUGAGGUUUUGCUGGACUUUGUUUAUACAGGCACAAUCAAUGUGACAAUAGAGAAUGUUCAAGAACUCAUGGUGGCAGCAGAUAUGCUGCAGUUGAAUGAGGUUCUCUCCAUCUGCGGUGAGUUUCUCAAGCGCCACGUGGAUCCAGCCAAUUGUGUGGGCAUCUUUCAAUUCCUGGAACAGAUUGCCUGCAUGGAAUUGCUGGAGUUUUCUGAGAACUACAUCCAUGUUCACUUUCUAGAGGUUUGCAUCGGUGACGAGUUCAGCGGCCUCUCAAAAGAUCAGAUUGUAAAACUUCUAAGGAGUGAAGAGUUGAGAAUUGAGGAUGAGUACCAGGUGUUUACUGCAGCCAUGGAUUGGGUUCUCCAAGAUGUGGCGAAGAGAAAAAAAUAUGUGGUUGAGGUGUUGGAACCUGUGCGCUUCCCUUUACUGUCCCCACAGAGGCUGUUCAAGUACAUAGAGGGCAUGACUGACUUCAGUCUGAGGGUGGCACUGCAGACCCUUUUGAAGGAGUACAUUGAGGUCACAAAGUCUCCAAAAGAUAAGAUGCACUGCCAACUACAUCAAGUCAAGAUGAGACCAAGAAGAAAAGCCAGGAAAUACGUGUAUGCCAUCGGAGGCUACACACGGUUACAGGGUGGUCGGUGGAGUGACAGCAGGGCGUUAAGUUGUGUGGAGCGCUUUGACACCUUCAGCCAAUACUGGACCACAGUGUCAUCUCUGCAUCAGGCUCGCAGCGGGUUGGGGGUAGCAGUACUUGAGGGCAUGAUUUACGUGGUGGGAGGAGAGAAAGAUUCAAUGAUUUUUGACUGCACAGAGAGAUACGACCCAGUGACUAAACAGUGGGCUGCUGUGGCUUCUCUGAACUUCCCUCGCUGCGGAGUUGGCGUCUGCCCCUGCCACGGAGCGCUGUAUGCGCUUGGUGGAUGGAUUGGCUCCGAGAUCGGGAGUUCAAUGGAACGUUACGACCCAGAGGAAAACAAGUGGGAGGUCAUAGGCAACAUGGCAGUUCCCCGCUAUUAUUUUGGUUGCUGCGAGCUCCAAGGUUUUAUUUACGUGAUUGGAGGAAUCAGCGACGAAGGCACAGAGCUACGCUCAGCAGAAGUAUACGAUCCAAUCACCCGUCGCUGGAGCGCCUUGCCUGUUAUGCUUACACGGCGAGCGUAUGUGGGAGUGGCCUGCCUCAACAACUGUAUUUACGCAGUGGGGGGUCGGAAUGAGGCUGUGGGUGCUUUGGAGACGGUGGAAAAAUAUUGUCCAGAGCAGGAGAAGUGGUUGGAAGUGGCCUCGAUGUCCACAGCGCGUGCAGGAGCAUCAGUGUCAGCAGUAAACGGGUUGUUGUAUGCCGUCGGUGGAAGGGCCGCCAGCAGAACCUUCUCAGCCCCCGUGACCAUCGAUUCUGUGGAGGUCUAUGACCCCCACUUGGACACCUGGACCGAAGUUGGCAACAUGAUCGCCAGUCGCUGUGAUGGCGGCUUGGCUGUACUCUGAUCACCUGGACGAUUCCAUUUGAAACUCUUUUGGAACCCGCAUGCCGCAUCAAAGGAAAAGCCGCACCUUAAGAUUACACUUGUUUCACAUCGUACAUGUAAUUGUUAUUUCUUUAAGUUACAGUUGAUGUGAUGGAAAAGUGCCCCCGACUGUUUCUGCUGAAAUCAUCUGUCUCUAUUCUUUCCAUGUUCCCUCAUUUGUUUUAAAUUAUACAACUGACCACAAAUUUGAUCUUUUCUUUUGUUUGUAUAAAAACAAUCUUGAUGUCAUUCUCUUUUCCAUUCAUCAUUGUGAAAUUUGUUUUGUUUUGUUUGGCUCAUACUUAUGAGGACUGUUUCGUGAUCAGAUCUGAAACCACUUUUUGUUUAUCUUUCUUUCAUUCUCCUCAAAAAUGUUGACAAUGUGUGCAGUGCUACUUGUAAAUCUUAUCAAAACACUUGAGCCUAUUUAUCAAUGUAAGAAAAGAACAUUCAGAAAUGUUUCUAAACUGUAACGGUUACAAAGCAGUUCCUACUGGAUUCUUUUCGGAUUGAUGGAUAAAAAUAAUGUUUGCACAUA